AUGGAUUCACCAAAUUCUCCGAAUCCAUACGACAAUAUGAGUCUAGAGGAUAUCAUAAUUGCAAAGUGUACUGACGAUCAUGAUGAUCAAUAUUUCAAAGCGCUCAUGGAUGGGGAAUAUCAAUUUCGAAGAAGAUUUAGAAUGCAUAGACAUGUAUUCCUACACAUAGUGCAAGCUCUAGAAAAUCAUUUAGAGUAUUUCCAUACGAGGUUUGAUGCAGUCGGUAGAAGGGGGCUUUCGCCAUUACAGAAGUGCACCGUUGCUAUGCGAAUGUUGGCAUAUGGAGCGCCUGCCGAUUAUGUUGAUGAGUAUGUUCGAAUUGGUGAAACUACCGCUAUUGAAUGUCUAGUCAAUUUCGUUCGAGAAGUGAAUGAUAUUUUUGGGACCGAAUAUUUAAGACGGCCCAAUGCUGGGGACCUUCGUCGCUUACUUCAAAUGGGGGAGGUGCGUGGUUUUCCAGGCAUGUUGGGAAGCAUUGAUUGUAUGCACUGGGAAUGGAAAAAUUGCCCAGUUGCAUGGAAAGGUCAAUUCACGCGAGGUGAUCACGGCAGACCAACAAUCAUGCUCGAAGCAGUUGUGUCGCAAGAUCUUUGGAUAUGGCUUGCAUUUUUUGGUGUUCCAGUAUCCAAUAAUGAUCUCAACGUGUUAAAUCAAUCCCCAAUAUUCACUGAUAUCUUACAAGGGCAAGCUCCGAGAGUUGAGUUUACGAUAAAUGGCACACAAUACAACAAAGGGUAUUAUCUAGCAGAUGGUAUCUAUCCAGAGUGA